AUGGAGGGAACAUAUUCUACUGAUCCCGAAUGGGCCGAUGUUACCCCAAUCGAGCUGGAUGAUGGCUCCAGCUCAGGCAUCAUGCCGCUGGCCACCAUUGCCUACCCACCCGAGUACCUUGAGGCAACGUCGUAUCUGCGUGCCGUGAUGGCUGCCAAUGAGAUGUCUGAGCGGGCAUUGAAGUUAACCGAGGAUGUCAUCUCAAUGAACCCGGCGCACUAUACCGUAUGGAUUUACCGAGCAAAGAUCCUCUUUGCCCUGGACAAAGAUCUUAACAAAGAGCUGGAAUGGCUAAAUGACGUUUCAUUGAAAUACCUCAAGAACUACCAAAUCUGGCACCACCGCCAAGUGCUCCUCUCAUCACGAGAGCAUUUCCCAACCCUCCCACCCAAGGAAGCAGACUUCCUAAUGGAAAUGUUCGCCCAAGACUCCAAAAACUACCACGUAUGGACAUACCGCCACUGGCUAGUCCGCCACUUCAAGCAAUGGGACGAACUCCGCGAACUGCAAGAUGUAGAAGCCCUUCUGAAAGCAGACGUGCGCAACAACUCCGCCUGGAACCACCGCUACAUGCUGCGUUUCGGGCCGCGCGAUACCAGCGCCCCCGACGCCGGCAUGAUGAAUGCAGGUGAUAUGACCACUGCGCCUGGCGAGAAGGGCCGGUUACCUGUUGUUGACGAGGAUCUUGUUGAUGGUGAGCUUGGGUUUACGCAGCAGGCUAUUUUGCGCGCGCCUGAGAAUCGGAGUGCGUGGUGGUAUGCGCGGGGUGUUUUGAGGGCUGCUGGGAGGGGCCUUGGGGAGUGGGAGGACUUUGCGGGCUUGUUCGUUGGGGACGAGGGCGUGAAAAGUACUCAUGCUCUUGAGUGGCUGGCUGAUGUUUAUGCUGAUGGGAGGGAGGGGUUGGCUGUUGGGAUGUUGACGAGGCUGAAGGAGGAGUUUGAUCCUAUUCGUGGGAAUUAUUGGGAUUAUCGGAUUAAGAAGUUGGGGGUUGCUGAGGCUGAGGUUGCUGUG